AUGGGUCGCGAAUCGCUGAUCUACAGCUUCGUGGCACGAGGCACCGCGGUGUUAGCAGAGUACGCUGAGUUCGGCGGGAAGUUCGCCAGCAUCGCCUUGCAGUGCCUCCAGAAGCUCCCUCCCAGCACCGACCACUUCACUUACACCUGCGAUGGCCACGCAUUCAGCUACCUCGUCGACAGCGGCUUCACAUACUGCAUCGUGGCAGUUGAGUCCAUCAGUCGUCAGAUUCCGAUGGCCUUUCUCGAGAGAAUCAAGGAUGAGUUUACUAACAGAUAUGGCGGAGGAAAAACCGCGACCGCAGUGGCGCAUAGCUUGGACAGAGAAUUCGGGUAA